AUGAAUGAUUUAGACCACGGUCCACGCUCAGACUUCGCUUUUUCGAUGGUUAUAAAUAUGAUGCUUAAAAAAAAUAAAACGAUUCGCUUUUCAGUUCCACACACGGAAGCAAGUCCGCAACUUGUGACGGCCGAAGACAUAUGGGCGUGCAACACAUACACAGUUCCCUACACGAAAUCCUUUGCAUGUGAACAAGCAGAUUCACUUUUAUCUGUAAAGUAACAGUAAGUGUGAUGACACAUAAUUGCAUACAUCAUUCUGCCUAUAACCAACACCAAGUUCUACUAGGGGUCCGUGGAGGUGUUUGGCAUUUUGAGAAGACACGAAAAAUGAUCUGGCCAUGGAGAAUGCUCCGAAAGUGGAGGAAUUUUUGCCGGUGACCCCGAAGACCGCCGCUGCAAUGGCCGACGCCGAUGAGAAGGAGCUGCACGUGUUCUUAUCCAAAAUCAUCACUCGGAUUCGUUUACGGGGACGCCUUUGUAAAAAACUUUCUUGCAUGCUCGGAUGUGUUCUUUUUGUGCAUCAGCGACUCGACGACGGCAACGUGGUUAGUCACAGCGAUGUACUUCGUUGCGCGAAUGAAUGACACCCCGUAGCGAUCGGCAUCGGAAUCACGGACAAGGGCCGAGUUUAUGCACGAACGCAAGUAAUGCGAUAUGCAUGCAAUUGUUAACCUCCCUGGCUUUGUCCGGUCCGAGUGUUUUUGCGUGGCAUAUCGUCCGCCACUGGGCUAUACCGCAACGACUACGAUGAAUCAAACAUUUUUUAUCGUUUUCUUUGGCCUCUGCCUCACCUCCUUGCUCUUUUUCACCGCACAGGGGUUUCUCUCCGUGUUUUUGCGGGGCUACAAAUAG